AAUAAAAAUGCUGCAAAACAAUUAUGGGUUCAGCAAACCUGUUACUUUUACUAAGAAUGGGAAAGAGAAGUACAAGACUUUGUGUGGUGGGCUAACUACGAUCUUUAUUUUCCUUGCGCUUAUAGGCUAUGGAAUCAUUUUGAUAACUUCUCCAUUCAUCCAAAAGAUCAACAGUAUUGAAGUAGGACCUGUCACUGGAGAUCUAAGCUGAAAUAGUGGAGGAGGAAAUACCGGAGGAAACACUGGUGGAUACUUCUGUCAAAAUGUGACGACCUGACCUGAAAACAGCCAGAACUUGUGCUCUUCAGUCUCUGGCACUGUUGAAACUGACGAUGAAGUUCCUUUUGUGAUGUACAACAAAGUCUCUAAGGUCCCAUCGCAUGAUGCUGCUUAUAAAAGUACAUUCGAAAACUACAUAUUCACUAAUGGGUUCAGAAUAGCGUUCAAAUGGAGAGACCACCUAUUCGAUCCAAAGUCUUUUUCUUUUAUUAGUCUACUUGGUCAAUCUGAAGAUGGAGGGGAAACAAAGAGCUCUGUGUCCUUGAGCAUGGUACCCUGCACAACAGCUAUGUUUCCAACAGAGAUUUCAGGCGAGCUUACAGAUAUAGGAAUCACUGAUUAUGUAUGCAUUGACCCGACACACUAUUCUAGUUUCUAUUUGAAACAAAAUUUGCGAGGAGGCAAUUUCUCAUUUGGCCUCAUCGGUUUAUUUGAAUGAUCAUCUGAUUGCGAUGGAGGCACCUCUAUUGAUGGGACUACACUUGAUGUUCUCAUGAUAGAGGGAAACUACGACAUCUUAAACUCAACUAAUCCUGUCAAAUACACUAUCAACGAUAAAUAUGAAAUCCCUUUGAACCCAGACGGUGUAUAUUACUAUGACUUUAAGCUUCAAAGGAACGGCUACGUUCCUAAUGGAGGAUCACAAAGCUAUUUCUACAAAGUCAUUAAGAACAAUGAUGGGUACCAAAAGUAUAGUGGUACCCAAAAUCUUGUAACAAUUACCUUAACGAUGGACGAUACUCAAAUUGACCACAAUUCAUACGUUGAAUAUCAGCCGGUGAUCAAUUCUCAACAAAUGAGUGUAGGAGACACUCUUCCUGAAGGUACAACCAUGGAGAAUUGAGAGUGGAUCUAUUAAAGCAGUUCUGAUCUGAGAUAUUUCAAUAAGAUGACUAUUAUGGUCGUAAUCGCUAGAGAAUUGUUAUCUAUAAGCUUUGUUUAGU